GCCGUGGUUUGUAGAAUAAAAAGCUCAUUGUGCCCGUCGCCGCUUUCUGCUCCUCAGUCGCGCAUCGUUCUUUUGAGUGACCCCAGAGUCCUAGAUAAUAGUACCCUUUGGUUCGACAUAGUCAGGAACGACUCCAGAUCUUGUCGCAUUACUAUCCCGCAAAUUUCUGCCCUAAGAUUAUUCCUUUCCCCUCCACACAUCUUGUGGAAAUGGCAAACACACCCCAUGGCGGCGUCCUCAAGGACCUGAUCGCGCGCGAUGCGCCCAGGCGCAAGGAGCUUUUCGAAGAGGCUGAGAAGCUUCCCGCGGUUGUUCUGACGGAGAGGCAACUUUGCGACUUGGAACUUAUCCUGAACGGAGGUUUUUCCCCAUUGGAGGGUUUCAUGAACCAGAAGGACUACGAUGGCGUCGUGGCCAACAACCGUCUAGCUGAUGGCAAUCUCUUCUCCAUCCCCAUCUGCCUUGAUGUUUCAAAGGAGACCAUCGAUGAGGUCGGCCUCAAGCAGGGCGCCCGCAUUGCCCUCCGCGAUUUCCGCGACGACCGCAACCUCGCCAUCCUCACGGUUGACGAUGUAUACCAGCCAGACAAGGAGAAGGAGGCCAGGGAGGUUUUCGACAAGGACAACGAUGUAGCCCACCCCGCCAUCAAGUACCUCUACGAGACAGUCAAGGAGUACUAUGUCGGUGGUAAGGUCGAGGCUAUCGACCGCCUGGAGCACUACGACUAUGUCGGUCUCCGCUACACACCUGCGGAGCUGCGUCUGCACUUUGACAAGCUUGGAUGGUCCAAGGUUGUUGCUUUCCAGACCAGGAAUCCCAUGCACCGCGCUCACCGUGAACUGACUGUCCGCGCUGCUCGUGCCCGCCAGGCCAAUGUCCUCAUCCACCCUGUCGUUGGUCUGACCAAGCCUGGUGACAUUGACCACUUCACCCGUGUCCGUGUCUACCAGGCGCUGAUGCCCCGCUACCCCAAUGGCAUGGCCGUACUUGCCCUUCUGCCCCUCGCUAUGCGUAUGGCUGGUCCCCGUGAGGCUAUCUGGCACGCCAUCAUCCGCAAGAACCACGGUGCCACCCACUUCAUUGUUGGCCGUGACCACGCUGGCCCUGGCAAGAACUCCAAGGGUGUUGAUUUCUACGGCCCAUACGAUGCCCAGGAUGCCGUUGAGAAGUACAGGGACGAGCUCGGUAUCGAGGUUGUUCCUUUCCUCCAGAUGACCUACCUCCCUGACUCGGAUGAGUACAAGCCCAAGAACGAGGUUGAGCAGGGUAUCAAGACUCUUGACAUUUCUGGAACCGAACUUCGCAAGCGUCUCCGAACCGGCCAGGAGAUUCCCGAGUGGUUCUCCUACCCAGAGGUUGUCCGCGUGCUCCGCGAGUCUCACCCUCCCCGUAGCCAACAGGGUUUCACCGUCUUCCUGACGGGCUACCAGAACUCUGGCAAGGACGCCAUUGCCCGCGCCCUCAACGUGACUCUCAACCAACAGGGUGGCCGCUCCGUCUCCCUCCUCCUCGGUGAAACCAUCCGCAGUGAACUCUCCAGCGAACUCGGAUUCAGCCGAUCUGACCGCGACAAGAACAUUGCCCGCAUUGCCUUUGUCGCUUCCGAGCUCACCAAGGCCGGUGCCGCCGCUAUCGUUGCGCCUAUUGCUCCUUUUGAGGCCUCAAGACAGGCGGCCCGCCAGACUGUUGAGAAGUACGGCUCUUUCUACCUCAUCCACGUUGCCACUCCUCUCGAGCACGCGGAGAAGAACGACAAGCGCGGUAUCUACGCCAAGGCACGCGCUGGUGAGAUCAAGGGCUUCACUGGUGUCGAUGACCCGUACGAGGCUCCCUCCAAGCCUGACCUUACUGUCGAUCUGUCAGUCAGCAACGUCAGGACAGCAGUGCACCAGAUUGUGCUGCUGUUGGAGAGCGAGGGUCUCUUAACCCAGUUGUAAAAAAAAAGGACUGGGCAAAAAAGUAAAAGUGGUGGAUCCUUUCUGUUUUUUUUGUUUGGAAAUAUAUGAGCGAUGAUGGGUCCAAUUUUUAACGAACCUUUUUAACGACUUUUGCUUACGAGCUUUGAGACUCCUUUUUUGAGGGGUUCAUGGAUGCGUAGAUUAGACGCAUGAAGAUGGAUAUACUAGACUUGAGGUUUAGAUUAUUGAUCAAUAUUGAAUUGAUUUUAUGGCAG